CGAUCGACUGCUAUUGAGGUGCAGUAUUGUGUGUGUUUGAGUAUAACGUCUUGUGGCAGACAGGAGUUAAAUGAGUGCUUAAUAGAUCGGUAUGUCUUUGCAUACGCUGCAGUUGAAAUUUGCGAGGUUCGGUAAGUCGUUCGGUGCGGCUCUUGCGAACAGGGAUCCAAAUCGGCUCCGAAAGAACCCCUGGCCUUACUACAUCAUUCAGAACACCUGAUCCGCCUCUAAAUGCCGGCAGACGCUCUAAGUCAUCAAAAAAAAAAUUUUUUGGUAUUGAGAGCCCAGAACAUGACGAGCUUCAUCUUCUUCGUCUCCUUCGUCUUCUUCAUCCAAGCCACACGGAUAAUUGACAUUGUGAUACGUUGAAGUGCUGCUGUGCACUGGCAUACAUCCAUCAUGAGCGGGCGGCAGCAACCGACAAUGAGACCUCACCACAAAACCCGGACUGGGUGUGUACAGUGUAAGAGUCGGCGCAUCAAAUGUGAUGAAUUAAAACCGCGAUGCUCACGUUGCGUGAGAUAUGGCGAAGAAUGUAUUUAUCAGGUCUCUGGUGAAUCCUCGUCCAAAUCAUCUAGGUCUACCACUGCUUCCGAGAUAUCGGGACCAACCAGGCCUACUCGCUCCAUCGAGGUGCCCAAAGACGUCAACAACAGUACUUCGGAACUCAAUCUUGGAGAUCUGGGACUUCUUCAUGACUGGACUCUACCCUCGGGUGCCUACACAGGGUUUGCCGAUAGCCCUGGGAGCGAGCAUCUCUGGCAAGUCGAGGUUCCUCAGAUGGCACUGCAACACCCGUUUCUCAUGCGGGGGAUUCUGGCAGUGUCUGCUUUGCAUAUAAGUCGGGUGAAGCCUGAAGAGAAGCCACACUAUCUGCAGGUGGCCGCGUAUCAUCAAAAUCUUGCUCUACCGUCUUACCGGUAUCUUGUUGAAGAUCUGAAUGCCCGUAUGAACAAGGAGAACGCGGGUGCAAUCUUGGCAUUCGCCCAAAUAACAACAGCUUACGCCUUCGCUUCGCCUCAUCCCCCAGGCAGCAUUCUCUUCGCAGGACUGUGCGCCUCGACUGGGGUUCCCGAAUGGGUGUACCUGCUCCGAGGGUGUCGAAAGAUUAUGACGAUCGCAAAAGACUGGAUAAGUUCUGGUCCUUUGGUGUUUCAGAACCAGGUUUUAGAUGAGCCCAUUGACCUCUCUUUGAGUCCUGAUGACUACCAUCUGGUUGCGUUAGAGCAGCAAAUAGACAGCUUGCCUGUAUCGAGCCCUGAUGACGAUGAGGAGAUCGAAGUUUUCCGUGAAGCAUUGUCUCUUCUCAGAAGAAGCUUCGCCUUGCCGUGGCAGCCUGGUAACACAUUAGGUCCCAAGUACUCGUGCUUCAUAUGGGUCGAUCUCGUUCCACAGAGGUACCUGGAGUUGCUGAGCAUAUUACGACCAGUAGCUUUGGUACUCUUGUCAUACCAAUGCGUCCUUCUGCACCAGUGUGAUCAUAAUUGGUAUAUCAAAGGGGCCGCUAAGAGGAUCAUCGGUGAAGUGUAUAACAACAUCUUUGGAGGAAAUUGGCGUCCCUGGAUCGCUUGGCCGAUGCAGAGGAUAUUGAAUCAAUGAUGACGAGAUGAGUAUGAAGGUGGCAAUGUCGGGCAAAAAAUGGGAAUAUAUGUUGACGACCGAAUACUCUUUGUUUGGUAGACUUGGUUGGCGCCGUACAAAUUCACCCGAUGUUGCAGAAAGUCAGGAGAAUGAGGUCUAGGUCGACUGCCGUGGAAAGAUUUUCUCUUUCAGUGUCACGUCUUGGCUCCUCGAUUCAGCCUUGACAAUGUCCCAGGAUCUCAGGGCGAGAACAAUGCCAAGAUUAUGUCUUGGACAAUUGAUUUGUUGCUACACGAGAGGGAUAUUAACAGAGUAACAGGGUACAGCCGAGUGUCAACAACAAGUUUGGCGUUGUUUCGGCAAAUUUCC